AAAAGACAGUUUGUGCCCAUAAGCAUCUGUGCUUUUUUCCACCUCUAAGAGGGAGGCAGGCCAGCAGGAGGGACAUCUGCUUUACUUUUGAUGGGUAUCACAAAUGUUCCUGUUAUUCCACUCCGACUCAGACUGCCCUCCCCUUCAGCACACUCCCAAAUUACGACCGUGGAAUGAAAGUGGGACUCAUUGCCGAGCAGAACGUUGGUAUUUUCCCCAACUAAGAGCAUCGGAAAAAUUCCUUCUCUGGGCUUGCAUCAUGGAGGCUGUCAGUCAGCAAAUUUUGUGGAAAGAUAUGGAGACGGGAAAAGAGAAGAAGGUUAAAUGUCAGUCGUACCGGUGGGCUGCGCUCGUCCUGGCUCUGGUGUUGGUGGUUUUGGCGCUGGGUCUUUUUGCUCUGAUGUAUCUGUGGGGCCCCGGUCUGGGGAAGGUGUAUGAGCAUGAAUACAAAGCGGUGCUGGACGGCGUGGAGACGGACAGUGUUAUGGAGAUUGAACCUUAUCAGCGCACGGAAAUCUUCAAAAUGGGGAAUGGGACUCAGGAGGUCAUUGAAGUGCACGACUUCCAAAACGGGAUCACUGGGAUUCGGUUUGCUGAACAUCAGAGGUGCUACAUCAGGACCCAAACGAAGAAACUACCCACACUGGCAGAAGUGGAGACUGAGGACGGAGAGUUUCUGGUGGAUGAGGCCGCUGAUAUGAAGGUGGAGGACUCCCGUGUGUGGGUUCCUGCUGAGGAGCCCAUCGUUAACCCAGAAUUUCUCCUCACAUCCAAGAUCUGGGAGAUUUGCCAACAUCUGCCCAUCCACUGGAUCCAUCCCUCCCCCCUGACCGAAGCUGAGGCUCAGGAUGUGGACACACCCGACGCAGAGGUCACAGGCCAGCGUUUUGCUCGAGAUGUCUUGGAUCACCCUGCCGUAAAUGACUAUCGGGAUAUUGGAAUCGAGCUGGAUAACCGUCUGGACGAGGGCGGCUACUGCUGCCAGUACUGUCGCCGUGGUUACCGCUUCUGCCGCCGCUACCACGAGCCCCUGGGCGGCUUCAACCCCUGGCCGUACUACUACCAAGGAGGCCGGGUCAUCUGUCAGAUUGUGAUGCCGUGCAACUGGUGGAUCGCUCGCAUGCUGGGCAGGAUCUGAGGCGGACAUCUGGGAUUUAAAUCCUUCAUGAUGUUGUGGGGAAAAAUUCUCCUCUUUAAUGAAUAUUCCAGAGCGUGUGUGAGCCCCCAGCUGUCUGAUCCAUACAUGUUUUAGUUUGUUCUUCUAUCAAAUGAAUGAAACUGAGGCGUGAUUGAUUUCAUCUUAAAUAGCUUUUAAAAGUGUAUCCUUUUCCUGUGAUCGCCUUUGGAGGAUGCUGAAGAUAACCGCAGCAUCUUUCCUUGCUUUCAUCCUGACUUUAUGAAUUUGCUAAUACCAUAAUGUGCAAAUGUAUUUCUAAAAAUGGUGCUGCAAGAUAUACUUAGCGAUAUCUAAAUAUGACUCUCUCUGUUAUUGUUGCUCAUUGAUUCCAAGCUUAAAAGCUCCAGUUUGGAGUUUGAUUCUCUUCAUGUCUUUUCCCACCAAAUGAUGCAUCACAAAAAAACAAUGGAUAUUUUUUACUUUGCAAAUAUGGACUUUUUGCAGCUUCUCUUCAAACAAACAAUCCUCAAGUUUUGGGAUUUUUUUGGGAGUAAAUUGUCAUUAUUAAGCAGCUUUUAAUAUAUUGUCAAACAGUUUACAUCGUUUGCAUACUUAAGUCCCACUCCGAUCAUCUUUUGAUCUAUUGUAAAAGCAUUCUCAGUGGUCUUUUUAUUAUAAUCGUGCUGAUUUUAGACAAAAUUAAAAGAAAAACUGUAGUUUUAUAGAACUAGUUUCUGCAGAGCGGCAGGGGUUUAGUAGAAAUUGGUGAAAAGUAAGCCCACCCCCACUUCCUGUCACCUAUUUGUGUAUGUGUUCUUACAGCCCCUCACAACCUCAACCCAACAACAAAAAUGACAAGCUAUAUUGCAGCUUUGACCCAGAUGGCAGCUCUAAUGAGGAAAUUCAUCUUUUUGUCUGCAAGUGGAGCAGGGAGCUCUUGACCUGCCAAUUGUGGCUUCUACGUCACACCUACAAGCUUUUUGCAGUUGAAUUUUUUGAGUCAGCUCUUAAAUCACAACGAUUUGAAUAAAGAAAUACUCAGAAGCACAGCUUUAAUCUGAAUUUUCUUUAUGUAUGUCCUUCAUUCUCAGCCCAUAUUGCCACAAAAACAUGCUAAAAACACAAUUCCAUCAGAGUGGGUCUUAAGUUUUUAAACAUUCUAAGGUUUAUGUUUUUCUCUGUUUUUCCAUAUGCAUAUAAUCACAAUGUGUAUUGUUUCUUUAGGACGUUUCAGAAAGAUUUAAUCUGCAUUAAACUCUGAUUUAACAAGUGAAUGUGGGUUCCUUGUCACUUGACUGGCAAGCAAACGUAAACGUAAUAUUGCUAUGGCAGUAAUAUACAAACCUGCCUUGAUUGCUAGUGUGCUGCAUCAAAUAGAAAGCAAGAAUAAAAAUGGAAGUUUUCUUAUAAAUUUGAUGACAGAGUCUAAAAAAUUCAUGUCUGACUCCUUUCUUCAUGUUUUUUUGGCAUCGUGUUCAAAAUAAGGAUGUAUAAUUAAAGAAGCAGAGACCUCAGCUGUCUAUUGUGAUCUUCCUAAUGAUGUGUUAUCCUCCUCUGUUUAACUCGCCCCUGUUGCAAUUUGCAAACCGCUUAAAAUAGCGCAACUGUUCAAGCAAUUUCUUCCUCACUGAGGCCAUUCUAAUCUGUAAAAAGGCAUCCAAGCCUCGGCGCGUCGUGCUGAAAUAACUCUCAUCUGCAACCAACAAAUAAGCAAGUGAGAUAUGCAUUUGUAAUUGAUGUUCUGUCAUCACGAGGAGCUGCGGCAGAAAUGCACGAGAGCUUUCAAGCUAUAUGAGAACACUUUAGACAGGAAGACAAAAAUGGGGCACUCGUGAUGUGACAGCUUGAAGUUUAAUGAACGACUUUUCUUGUUUUUCCAAAUUAAAGUUUCAUCCGUACGAAACAAUGUCAUUUCCAGAAUAGAUUUUUUUUUUGUAUCCAUAAUGUUUAAAACUCAAAAUAAACCCAUGCUGUCCAUGAAAUAG